GCGGCUGGGGACCCAGCAGCCCCGGAACAAAGGCUGUCCGAGGGGUCUCGGGGCGCGCGCCCCUCCGACGCGUCCCCGCGCUGCGCUCCUCCCUCCCCGCGCCUUCUCGCUCGCCCAGGCCCGGCUGCGCCAACUUCGCCAACGGUCCCCAAGUUGCCGGGCGCGCGGGGCGGGGCGGGGCAGCGGAGGCGCGGGGCCAGGAGGGUCCCCCGCCGCCCAGCCCGGGGUCCUGGACGCAGUUCCGGAAUCCGCCGCCGAGGGCCCGAGCGGGCAGGGCUGGACCCGCGUCCCUGCCCGGCUGCCCCCGCGCCGCCGAGCCCCGGAGCGGACGGGCCGGCCGGGGAUGCGGUGUCCCCUACCUGGCGUCCGGGAGCCCGCCCCCACAUGACGCUCCCCACCGCGUCCCCCCUGGCCGCCUGCCCCAUGGAGAAAGGACUCGUGCUGCCCCCGGAGCGCCGGGACCUGCUGCACGGCCUGAGGAUGAGGGGCAAAUACGCCUUCUUCCUGGCGUUCGUGGUGGUGGUUUUUGUCUUCAUCGAAAAGGAAAAUAAGAUCAUUUCCAGGGUCUCGGGCAAACUGAUGCAGAUCCCCCAGCCCGCAGUGGACGCCAACAGCACCGACCCGGCGCUGGUCUUGGCCGAGAACGCCUCCCUCUUGUCCCUCAGCGAGCUCAGCUCCGCCUUCACCCAGCUGCAGAGCCGCCUGCGGAACUUCAGUCUGCAGCUGGGGGCAGAGGGCGCGGGCGGGGCCCCGGGGGAGGAGCAGGCGGAGCACGGGGAGCAGGAGGCCGGGGGUGGCCGGCGCUCCCAGGCCGGGCCCCGCCGCCACGUGCUGCUCAUGGCCACCACCCGCACGGGCUCCUCCUUCGUGGGCGAGUUCUUCAACCAGCAGGCCAACAUCUUCUACCUCUUCGAGCCCCUGUGGCACAUCGAGCGCACCGUGGCCUUCGAGGCGGGCGGCGCCAGCGCGGCAGGCUCAGCCCUGGUCUACCGCGACGUGCUGCAGCAGCUCUUCCUGUGCGACCUGUACGUGCUGGAGCACUUCAUCAGCCCCCUGCCCGAGGACCACCUGACCCAGUUCAUGUUCCGCCGUGGCUCCAGCCGCUCGCUCUGUGAGGAGCCCGUGUGCACGCCCUUUGUCAAGAAGGUGUUCGAGAAGUACCACUGCAAGGACCGCCGCUGCGGGCCCCUCAACGUCACGCUGGCCGCCGAGGCCUGCCGCCGCAAGGAGCACAUGGCCCUCAAGGCCGUGCGCAUCCGGCAGCUGGAGUUCCUGCAGCCGCUGGCCGAGGACCCCCGGCUGGACUUGCGCGUCAUCCAGCUGGUGCGCGACCCGCGGGCCGUGCUGGCCUCCCGCAUGGUGGCCUUUGCCGGCAAGUACGAGAGCUGGAAGAAGUGGCUGGCGGAGGGCCAGGACCGGCUGCGGGAGGAGGAGGUGCAGCGCCUGCGGGGACACUGCGAGAGCCUCCGCCUGUCGGCGGAGCUGGGCCUGCGGCAGCCCGCCUGGCUGCGCGGCCGCUACAUGCUGGUGCGCUACGAGGACGUGGCCCGCCGGCCCCUGCAGAAGGCGCGGGAGAUGUACCGCUUCGCGGGCAUCCCGCUGACGCCGCAGGUGGAGGACUGGAUCCGGAGGAACACGCAGGCCGCCCAGGCCGGCACCGGUAUCUACUCCACACAGAAGAACUCGUCGGAGCAGUUUGAGAAGUGGCGCUUUGGCAUGCCCUUCCGGCUGGCGCAGGUGGUGCAGGCCGCCUGCGGCCCUGCCAUGCGCCUCUUCGGCUACAAACUGGCCCGGGACGCCGCCGCCCUCACCAACCGCUCGCUCAGCCUGCUGGAGGAGCGCGGCACCUUCUGGGUCACGUAGGGCCGGGGGCCAGGCACGUCCCUCGAGAAAGCCCCAGCCCAGCCAGCGGGGAGACCCGGCUGCCUGCAGCGGUGCGGUGGGGAGCCACGACCCCUCUCCUCUGCCCCAGUCAGCUGGGACGGGACAGUGUUCGGUUCUUCUGCGGGCCAUGAGACCCAGAGCUCAGGGGACACAGCCUCCUGAGCAAGCAUGGGCAGGCCUUUGGACUUCCAGAGAAGCGUUCCCUCGCGCUCUCUCGCUCUCUCGCUCUCUCGCUCUCUCGCUCUCUCGCUCUCUCACUCUCUCUUGCUCUCACUCUCGCUCUCUCUUGCUCUCACUCUCUCGCUCUCUCUUGCUCUCACUCUCUCGCUCUCUCUUGCUCUCGCUCUCUCGCUCUCUCUCGCUCUCACUCUCUCGCU